AUGGCAGACGUCCGAUCAUUGCUCCGGAGCGAGCUUGCUUCCCGCAAGGGUACACCGCAGACAGGGAGCAACACACCAAACCGUGUCACGAAGAAAAGAAAAGUAGAUCCGUCGGACUCGUUGACGCGCAAGCGAGUGAAGCAAACAGAUGCAGAUCAACUUCUCGCAACUGCCCAAGCUCGUCCUCCGAGCGCCCAGGUCAUUGACGCGGAUGACGACGAACCCUCGUCCGACGAUGUCAUGAAAACAGACACCCCAACUCAGCCCGAAUUUUCACAGGAAAUCGAUGAGACAACUACACAGACCUUCGAGGCUCCCUCUAUACCACCUACAGAGGCGACUGCUGAGCCUCAGCCGCGAAAUAUCGACGAGGAUGAAUGGGCCGCUUUUGAGCGGGAGGUAGCUGCGCCGAGUCGCGUCCCACAGAAGCCUGCCGCGGUUGCGGCUGCCGCAACGAUAUCAGCUGCACCUGUAUCUGCUGAGGAGCUUGCUGCGCUGCAGGAGAGCGAGAAGGAGUCUCUGAGACGAAAUCGGGAAGCGGAGGCGGAGGGUGAGCGCGAGGACGCCGCUCGGUUCCUGGAGGAAGAGUUUGAUGAGAUGGAGCAACUAGAAGAACGAGUGAAGCGGUUGAAGCAUAUGCGAGAGCAACUGAGAGUGAAACGAGCCACAGAGAGCGCAGAGAUGGACGAGGCUGCGAUUGCCGGAGCCGUCCCUUCAGAGCCAGCCGCGAACGCACCGGAGACCACAGCAGAUGGUGAAAAUGACGAGGACGAGGAUGAUGACGAUGAUGCUGAUUACGACUGGGAUAACUGGAGAUUUAGGUAA